CGCAGCUUAUCGUAGAUUUCCACUUCCUGUUAGCUCUGGGAAUAUAGCGGACGAGCGGUCGAAGAAAUUACUGAUGUAUUUAUGUAAAAUUGUCGCAUAAUUGUUCAGGAACGUGCUAUUCUGGAGCCUCUCAGGUCCAUAUUUUGGAGACGACAAUGAUCCGCUUCAUCCUGAUCCAGAACCGAGCAGGGAAGACACGACUGGCCAAAUGGUACAUGCAGUUUGACGAUGAUGAGAAACAGAAGUUGAUUGAGGAAGUUCAUGCUGUGGUAACUGUCAGGGAUGCCAAGCACACCAACUUUGUGGAGUUCAGGAACUUCAAGAUCAUUUACCGGCGUUAUGCUGGUCUGUACUUCUGUAUUUGUGUGGACGUGACUGAUAACAACUUGGCAUACCUCGAGGGAAUUCACAACUUUGUAGAGGUGCUGAAUGAGUAUUUCCACAACGUGUGUGAAUUGGACCUCGUGUUCAACUUCUACAAGGUGUACACGGUGGUGGACGAGAUGUUCUUGGCGGGAGAGAUCAGGGAGACCAGUCAGACCAAGGUCCUUAAGCAGCUCCUUAUGCUUCAGUCGCUUGAGUAGAAAACAGACAACCACUCCUCCUACCUGCCCAGUAAUCUGCCGCCCUGGCACCAAAACCAACCCAUCAUUUGUUCCUGUCACUCUGGAAAUCCUCUUGCCUCGAUGGAGCAGACUUCACUCCUCACAGAACAUCAGGAAGGGGGUGGAAUACAUAAUAUUGUUUACAUAUGUACGUUAACCUGUCACAGCAGUUUAUGUGUCGCAAUAUUCUGUAUUUGCUGCACUUCUGAUGAAGUCUCCCAGUAUUAAAAGGCUGUACAUUUCAACAUGUUAAUAUUUCAUACACCACCGAAGUUACAGUCAAAAACUUAAAAACCAGAGGCUGCAGAAAUUAGUUAUUUCAUGUAGUAACCAGCUAGUCUUCACAUUUAUCUCUGUGCAGUGUGGAAACACUGAUGUAGAGUGUGGCACUGCCCUCCUCCUCUCCUCUCCUCCUCUCCUCCCUUCAUUACCCUCAACUUUCAUUUAAUGGCACUACUGUAACUAACAAGCACCAUGUCUAAAGAGCGACCGCCUGCAACAGCCUCGCAGCCAUUUCUAUAAAUCCAUGUAAAGAAAGACUUUGCCCGUGAUGUGGUAUCGGACUUCUGCUCAUUCUGUAUUUUCACAGUACAAACUAUAACUAGAAAGCCCUUUAGAGCAAUUGACCCCAGCACAGCAAGUUCAUAAUUGAAUGGAGUGUACUUAGGAUGAGUGCCAUUGUGACGGUGUGUUAUGGCAACCUGUGCUGUGUCAGACAUCCUCACGGCGGAUGAUGAUAAACAGUGUAGGCUACGUUAGCUCAGACUGGUGCACUCUGGAUGUUUAAUCGUCUUCAUCUCGUUUGCAAAUGAUCGAGAUGAUUUGCUGCUGCUCAUUACAUGUAAUGGUGCUUGUUGGUCACACUUAUAACACUUAAAACACAAACGCACUCAGACGGAACAAAGACCUGGAAGUAGAAGGUAUAUUUUACAUAAAGCAGUACUGUGAAGCUUGCUUCGUAUGGUGUGUGUACAUACAGUGUAUCUUGCGUAAGUUGAAUAUUGUGAAAUUAACGUGCAUUUCAGACAGAGUGGUUCUCACUCACUAUAUGCUCUGAGGAGUAUUGUGUAAGAUCGAUAAAAUCCUUUGGUAUGACAUAUGAUAAAUUGGCUUUUAAAUUCCUUCUUCAGGCCUCAUGAACUUUGACAAAAAAUCCAUUUCCCUUUGCUGGACUGUAAUGUUUAUGAAAUGACUCGUCAUACUCUAAUUUUAACCAUAUUCAUUCACAGGGGUGUCAAAGGUGGUUUCAAAUGUUACUGUUGUUAAACUUUUGUAUUUUUUUUAAUGAUUGGCGAUUGUGGAAUAUGUACUGCUUCCCUUCUUGUCCACCUGUGUGUUUGUUGAUGGAAGAUGUGUGUUUGUAUGUACCAUCUCCAACUCUACCCACAUCUUUAUGUCCCAUUAUAUGUAAAUAAGAAAUAAACAAAUGAAGUGAUACAUGAAUA